UGACCAUUUUGUCUCAAGUUGGCCCUUCCUUUGCUCCACUCUUUAAAUCCCCCACCAGUCGUCCAUUCUGCUUACCUCUCCAAAGAUCCAGCCCCAACUUACCCCUCUGUAAAGGAAAGAUAGAGAUGGAACUGGAACACCAGCCGACCAGAUGGGAGGGCUAUGUGGAUUGGAGAAACAGGCCUGCACUUCGUGGCCUCCAUGGUGGCAUGCUUGCUGCUUCCUACGUCUUGGGUGUGGAGAUAUUGGAGAACCUGGCGUAUCUAGCAAAUGCUAGCAAUUUGGUGAUAUAUUUAUCUGAGUAUAUGCACUUAUCUCCAUCCAAAUCGGCCAAUAAUGUCACGAAUUUCAUGGGGACGUCCUUUCUUUUGGCCCUUCUUGGAGGUUUCCUGGCUGAUACUUUUUUCACUACCUAUCACAUCUUCCUGAUAAGUGCAGCUAUUGAAUUCCUGGGCUUGGUGAUACUGACAGUGCAAGCUCGGUCAUCUUCCCUGAAGCCCCCAGCUUGUAACCCAAGCAACCCCACAAUCCCAUGUCAACAAAUUGAUGGUGCGAAAGCAGCAAUGCUGUUCACAGGCCUUUAUCUGGUGGCGCUUGGCGUUGGAGGGAUAAAAGGAUCAUUGCCGGCUCACGGGGCGGAGCAGUUUGACGAGAGCACUCCUCAAGGAAGGAAGCAGAGAUCGACCUUCUUCAAUUACUUUGUCUUCUGUCUCUCAUGUGGAGCCCUGAUCGCAGUCACAUUUGUUGUGUGGGUUGAAGAUAACAAAGGGUGGGUGUGGGGCUUUGGAAUCUCUACCAUUGCAAUACUCCUUUCUAUCGCAAUCUUUCUUGCUGGAUCAGCAGCUUACAGGAAUAAAAUACCUUCUGGCAGUCCACUUGCAACCAUUUCCAAGGUUUUGGUUGCUGCUGGAGUUAACACUUGUAUGAGCAGAAGUUCAGGCAAUGCCAUUUCAAGCCUGACAACGAGCCCUUCCAAUCCAAAUCCAACCAGCAAGGAUGCAAUAGAUAAUUCCAUAGCAGUUAUGCCUGCUGAAACCCCAACAAAAAGCCUCGAAUGGCUUAACAAAGCGGUGGUAAACAAGCCAAUCCACUCAGCACUAGAAUGCACUGUAAAGCAAGUGGAAGAGGUCAAGAUUGUGAUAAAAAUCUUUCCCAUAUUUGCUUGCACCAUCAUGCUCAAUUGCUGUCUUGCUCAGCUUUCCACGUUUUCUGUACAACAAGCUGAUACCAUGGACACCGAACUCGGUUCCUUGAAAGUCCCGCCAGCUUCCCUUCCCGUGUUUCCUGUGGUCUUCAUUAUGAUGCUAGCACCCGUUUAUGACCACCUCAUCAUUCCAUUCGCUGGGAAGUUAACCAAGUCUGAAAUGGGAAUCACUCAUCUGCAACGAAUUGGCAUCGGAUUGGUUCUUUCCAUAAUAGCAAUGGCAGUGGCAGCUCUUGUUGAGAUUAAGAGGAAGAGAGUUGCUGCAAAUUCAGGGCUAGUUGACAAAUUGCCAAUUACGUUCUUCUGGAUAGCCUUUCAGUAUUUAUUCCUAGGAUCAGCUGAUCUUUUCACCUUGGCAGGGUUGUUGGAAUUUUUCUUCACCGAGGCACCCGCAGGAAUGAGAUCUUUGGCUAUGUCUCUCUCUUGGGCCUCCCUGGCAAUGGGGUACUACCUCAGCUCAGUGAUUGUAUCAAUAGUUAACAAUGUUACAGGUAACUCCAAGAAUAGGCCAUGGCUAUCAGGCACGAACAUCAACCACCAUCAUCUGGAACGAUUCUACUGGCUCUUGUGUGUGUUGAGUGUUCUGAAUUUCUUACAUUACCUUUUCUGGGCCACCCGGUAUAAGUACUCAACAAGAAUCAAGAACUAAAUCGAAGUGAUAAAGGAGAACAAGUAAUUGCUUCUUCAUACCACAUCAAACGGUCUUGCUCAGCAUCUCGAAAUCCAAAUCUCCCGGCUGAAUAUAUACAAGAGCAGCUGCCGGACUUGAUUACAGUCCGGCUAAUUCAUGCUGAUUGCUGUUGCGGGUUCCUGUUUCCUGCCUAGGUUAAAAAGACUUGGACAGAAGAAGAUGGGGUGUGGUACCACAGCAUGUACAAUAUUUUGAACUGAUUUAGUUGUUUAUGAAUUGAAUUACACUCUUGUGGCUACCG